ACCCCGUGAUCGAGUUUGGCUAGCCAGCGAGAUCGACUAACUACUGCUGCACAGCGGCAGUGGAAGCCUGAGUGAUGACUUUCGUCUGGAGUAGAGGACGUCAACUACUCAUCUUACUCUGGAAGAACUUUCUACUACAGGUCCGCAGGCCCAUUGGCACAGUAGUGGAACUACUGAUACCUCCUGUAGCAUGUAUGGUGGUCAUCACUCUCAGAUUUACUCUGUUUGAGGUUGAGAAUCGAUGUCACCUCACCUUUGACCCUGACCCGCUCACCCUACCAGUCCCUCAGAGUGUCUAUCAGAUUUACUAUGCUCCCAACACCAGUCAGGCUGCCAAUGAGGUCGCUGCCUUUCUCAGAGAUCAAGAGUUCUAUUGGAGUGUAAAGGGCGUGGCAUCCGAGCAGGAGUUGGUGGAUGAGCUCACUACAAUUAACCCUCCGGCCCCUCCAAUCAGUCUCGAUGACGAUUGUGGUGGUGGUGGGGGGAAUGUCAGUGUGGGCUGCUUUGUGGGAGGAGCAGGAGUGGUGUUUGUUGGUCUGGAGGGGGAUUCUCUGGAGUACACUCUGAGACUGAGACACGAGGUGGGGGACAGCGACACCUGGCACACACGAGAGACCUCAUUCUGGCUCCAGCGUCCCGGAGCCAGGGUCACCGACAAUGCCUACCUGGCAGAAGGAUUCCUCCAUCUCCAGAACAGAGUGGCCCGGGCACUAGUAGACUGGAGCACCGAGAAGGCCAACAUCUCCUCUCCUCCAGUCCAGGUCUCAGUGAAGCAGAUCCCCUACCCCUCCUACCACAUCGAUACCUUCCUCAACUGGAACGCUGCCAUCCUCCCACUACUCCUCAUCAUGGCCUUCAUUUACACUGCUGGCAUGUUUACCAAGGAACUGGUUCUGGAGAAGGAGACUCGUAUCAGGGAGUCAAUGUUGAUGAUGGGACUGAAGCAGUGGGUGCUGUGGACCACCUGGUUCAUCAAACAGUUUCUCUUCCUCUUUGUCUCCAGUCUCAUUGUCGCCAUUCUCCUCAAGUAUGGUCAGGUGUUUCCAAAGAGCAAUGUGCUCCUCCUCCUCCUCUUCUUCACUCUGUUUGCCACUGCCUCCAUCUCCUGGGGAUUCUUCAUGAGUGUGUGGUUUAGCUCAGCUCGACUGGGAAUGGUGGUGUCCUUUGUCGCCUGGUUCUUUCUCUACAUCCCCUUCUUCUACUUCCCACAGCAUUACCACACCUUCACACUGUGAGUCGGACUACAUUAGGCAUAUCUCAACAACUUGGUAACGAGGUAGAAAGGCAAGGCAAGACAAACAAGUCAACUACACCUCUUUCUUUGAAAAGAAGAAGAGCUGCCCUAGGUAGGAUCGAACCCACGACACUCUGCAGUCUAGGCGAGUGCUCUACCAACUGAGCUACCAGGGCAACUCAGGUGGUAGGGGUUCGAUUCUACAACACAACACAGUAUACUCUCACUCAGUAUGUAGGAGCAGACUGGGGUUGUGUGCAUAGGUUUGUAGUUACGUAUUAUGUACGUACAUAAUAUAACAUGUACAUUAUACGUACAUCUGUAGUACCUAGUGAUAGCAUCCUGUUUACAUUUUCAGUAGUAAUGUAAAACAUUAGGGAUCACUCACAGUACAUGAAAGUGAAUGUGAAAGCAGUUUGAAUCACAAAAACCAGGCAGAA